UGAGCCGCGGUGGUGUCCACACGCGCUCUCAGCGACGUCAGCCCCCAUUUUAACCCCCAUCCGAUCUUCGUCAACACAGACAACUAAAAGAAGAAAAACAAAAUUAUUAUUAUUUUUUUUUGAAACCCCAUCGUCUUGUUUUUCGCCCAGUGUUGAGUGUAUGCUGUCAUUUCAUCUUUCAGCGGUGAAAUACAACAAAAAUAAAAAUCUGGAACAUUUUGAGAUGACAUGGGAACGUGAAGCGGAUCGAUCUGUCCCAUCAACGAGAGCAGCGAACUUCGACAACAUCGCGCUGUGAUUCUUCUUGUUCCCCAGCCGUCUGUUAUUUUCAAAGUGGUUCUUUUGGUGUCAGUGACAAGCCGCGUCGUCCCUUGUUUGCUUAUUAAUACAAAUUCCAUCUACAAAUCGACGGUUCCGGUUUCAAUAGUGAUCAAACUAAAGACAGCUGAUAUUCAAUCAAAAUCAUCAAAUGUACAAGUUUGCGUGCGCUGUUGCUGACCACAAGGAGAAUUAGAAGAUAGCCCCUCGCCAAAGAAGCGAAAGAGGAGAGUCGAUUCAUCUUCGAGCAGCUACGUUUUUUUCGUUGGAGGGGACAGUCCCAUUGGGUCUAGCGAUUAAAAAGGAAGAACAAGCCGAUUGUGAGCCUACCUAAAAAUAGCGUUAGUUUGGUGCUUUAUUUCUUUUUUAACUGUUUCUGUUUUCGUACGUGUACGAAGAAAGAAGGUUAUCCAGUCGGAGCAGUGCGGGGGCCAACUUCCUCGCUGUAAGAGGAAAUCAUUAAGAUGCAUCCGUCCAUAACGGGUCCGGUCGUAGGCAGACGGCCGUCCGCCAUCGUUUUGUUUCGUGUGGGUCUUGUAAUCAUCGCUUCUGCGUUCCUGGCCGGGCCGCAAUCGGCCGCCUCCGCCGACGACUUUAGCAUUCAACAACUACUGACCAAACGCUUUCCGCACCGGAUAUCCGACGACAUCUACCUGGAUCCUUGUAAAGCAGAGGGAUUCGUUGGUGAUGUUGCAUUGCCCAAUGUUCGCUACGAGUUGGAAUACGAACUUCAAUCGAGACGGGAUCAUGAGCAAAAAUUGGCCGUCAAGACGGGUCAAGUGCUCAUCGACUGGCAGAUCGACGGCGAUCAGGCGGAAGCGGAGAAAGAGGCCGAUCGUUUGGUUUCCUUCAACGGCUCAUCCGCCCUUCAGCAACAACGUCUCCAUCAUCCUGCUCAUCUCCAGCCGGACGAAAUAUCUGACGAUGGCCAGCAACUGAAGCCGGGCGGUAAGCAACGCCAAGGCAGGAAGCACACAUCCAUCACAGAACGUCGGAAAAAGAGCGAUCUGGAGGAUGAACUGGUCGAGUUGGAUCCGUCUGGACAACGGAAUCUAUCGAGCGAGGAAGCACAUAGCAACGGCCAUGAGGAGCAGGGUAAGCCGUCGCGACCCGUUGGUGACAAAACGACGACAAAGAGACUCAACGCAAAGACGAUCAAGGCCAGGAGAAACAAGCGCAAAGAUCGGAUCAGACAGAUCACUGAGAAACCUGGCGCGUUAAUCCGUUCCCGGAGAGCGGCAACGGCCCGCAAGGAGCGCAUCUGGGAUUUCGGAGUCAUCCCGUACGAGAUUGACGCCAACUUCUCCGGGGCCCAUAAGGCACUCUUCAAGCAAGCUAUGCGCCACUGGGAAAACUUCACCUGCGUCAAAUUCGUAGAACGUACAGCCGACCAUCCUCACUUUAUCGUUUUCACCGAACGCGCUUGCGGAUGUUGUUCUUUCGUCGGCAAACGAGGCAACGGAGCGCAGGCCAUUUCUAUCGGAAAGAACUGCGAUAAAUUUGGGAUCGUCGUCCACGAACUGGGCCACGUCGUUGGCUUUUGGCAUGAACACACGCGACCGGACCGAGACAAUCACGUCCACAUUAUCCGCGAGAACAUCAUGGCGGGUCAGGAGUACAAUUUCAACAAACUGACAUCGGAGGAGGUCAACUCGCUGGGUUUGUCCUACGAUUUCGAUUCCAUCAUGCACUACGCUCGCAACACAUUUUCCAAGGGAACUUAUUUGGAUACGAUUCUGCCGCAAGCUGAUCCAGAGACCAAAUCGCGGCCAGAGAUUGGCCAGCGCAUACGCCUUAGUGAGGGCGACAUCUCGCAGACGAACAAGCUCUAUAAAUGUCCAAAAUGUGGACGGACGUUCCAGGAAAACAAAGCGUCGUUCGUUUCGCCCGUUUUCCCACCCGGUACCGUCUCCGACGACGGCGAGCGCUGCGAGUGGCGCAUAACGGCGACUCACGGAGAGCGCAUCGUUUUAAACAUCACUGAACUGGACGUAUUCAAGGGAGAUAACUGCAAAUACGACUACGUGGAAAUUCGCGAUGGAUAUUGGCACAAAUCGCCGCUACUAGGUCGCUUCUGUGGCAGCACGCGUCUACCGGAUCCAGUCAUGUCUACUGGAAGUCGGAUGUUGGUUACUUUCCAGAGUUCACCGGGACAGAUUGGACACAAAGGAUUCAGUGCCUCUUACGAGGCGCUUUGUGGUGGUGAUUUAAACGUGGAUAGUGGUCAUCUCGAGUCACCCAACUUUCCCGACGACUACCAGCCCAACAAGGAAUGCACCUGGAAAAUCACUGUCCCGUCCGAUUAUCAAGUGGCGCUCAAGUUUCAAUCGUUUGAAAUCGAAAACCACGACAACUGCGUCUACGAUUUCCUCGAGAUCCGCGACGGCCAUGAACCCACCAGCCCGUUAAUUGGUGUCUAUUGCGGUUACAACAUCCCCGAAGAUAUCAAAUCAAGUGGCAACAAAAUGUGGAUCAAAUUCGUCUCGGACAACUCGGUUCAAAAAGCUGGCUUUUCUGCCAUUUUCAUGAAUGAAUUCGACGAAUGCGCGUCACUGGAUCACGGAUGUGAGCAUAGCUGUGUCAAUACCUUAGGGGGCUACGAAUGUCAAUGCCGAAUUGGCUUCGAGCUCCACUCAGACGGCAAACGAUGCCAAGAUGCCUGUGGUGGAUUAAUUGAUUCUCCAAACGGGACCAUUAUUAGCCCUUCCUUCCCAGACCUGUAUCCAAGCAACAAGCACUGCAUCUGGGAGAUUUUUGCACCACCACAAUAUCGCAUUACUCUCAACUUCACCCACUUUGAUUUGGAGGGCAACAAUCAAGAUUGUGAAUACGAUCACGUCGAGGUGAGGAGCAAAUUGAGCGAGAACGAACUGCGCAAACACGGCGUUUUCUGCGGCACCCACCUGCCUCCCGUCGUAACUUCCGAAGGCAACGUCCUUCGCAUCGAGUUCGCCUCAGACAACUCCGUCCAGAAGACGGGCUUUGCCGCCGUCUAUUUUACCGACAAGGAUGAGUGCGCAGUGAACAACGGCGGAUGCCAGCAAGAAUGUCGCAAUACGAUCGGCUCUUACGUUUGCGCUUGCCACAAUGGAUUUACGCUUCACGAAAAUGGUCACGACUGUAAAGAAGGCGGCUGUAAACAUGAAAUUCGUGCUCCUUAUGGCGAAAUACUGAGCCCUAAUUAUCCGCAUCCCUAUCCCGCACGAAAGGAAUGCGUAUGGCAUUUUACAACAACCCCAGGCCAUCGCAUCAAAUUAGUUUUCCACGAAUUCGAAAUUGAAUCUCAUCACGAGUGUGCUUACGAUCAUGUUGUCUUGUUCGAUGGAGAUAGUAGUGACGAUCAGACCUUGGGUCGAUUCUGCGGAUUGAAAGCACCUCAUCCAAUAGUGGCUUCCGGCAAUCAGCUCUAUUUGGUAUUCAAAUCGGAUUCAUCCGUUCAACGUCGUGGCUUUCAAGCGACGCACGCAACCGUUUGCGGCGGACACCUUCAAGCGGCGACUGGUGUGAAACACUUUUACUCUCACGCCAAGUACGGCGACCAUAACUACGAAAACAAAGAAGAUUGCGACUGGGUUAUUGAGGCACCACCCGGCAAGAAUGUCCACUUGACUUUCCUCACCUUUGAGCUGGAGGAUGAGCACGAGUGCGGCUACGAUUCUAUUGAAGUUUACCAAGGAUUCGACGACUCGGGCCCCACCAACGGCCGUUAUUGCGGCAACAGGGUACCGCCAGAGAUCGUCUCGACCAACGAAGUUCUUCUAGUUCGCUUCAAGAGCGACGAUACCAUCAACAGCAAGGGAUUCUCGGCCGCAUACGUAGCUAUCGACGAGACCGAGAACGAGGACUUACCCAAAUCCCAACAAACAAGUGUUAGAUACAACUGAGAAAAUUUUAAAAAGAA